CUGGAUAAUAUUAAUGUUGUCGGCUAGGUGAUCAGUAACGACGAAUGAAAAACAGUCUGCAUUUAUCAAUGAACGUGUCGAUGAUCACAUGACGAGAUUGUUUUCGGUGAUAAAGGUUGUGUUACAUAUUUGGAGGGUACGUAGUAUAGCUAGUCAAAAGCAACGAACAGGUGUUGGAGUAAAAUGGAGAUCUUUCUAACAUUACCUGUUCUGUGUGCUUUGACGCUGUUACUGCUGAUCGGUGGCAGGGAUGCCAAACAACCGAAUAUUGUGUUCAUGGUAGCCGAUGAUUACGGCUGGAACGAUGUAGGGUUUCGUAACCCCGACAUGAUCACCCCAAACAUUGACAAGCUGGCGUACGAGGGAGUCAUACUUAACCAGUCCUACGUACAGCCCGUAUGUACACCGUCCCGGAAUGCUUUCAUGACAGGGGUGUAUCCUUUCAAAGCUGGACUUCAGCAUGGAGCUCUGUUACCUCAGCAAGCAGUGUGUUCACCCUUCAAUAAACCGUUCCUCCCCCAAUAUCUAAAGAAACUGGGAUAUGAAACGCACGCCAUAGGAAAAUGGCAUCUGGGAUUCUGUAAGUGGGAAUGUACCCCAACGUACCGAGGAUUUGACUCGUUCUAUGGAUUUUAUCAGGGCCAGGAGCAAUACUAUAACAGAACUGUGGCUGGUGGAAAGGAUUUCAGGGACGAUAAACAACCCAUUAUGCCGGAUACCACGAAAUAUUCAACCUAUGUCUAUGCCGAUCGUGCACGGAAGGUGAUAUCCCAACACGACAAGAGCAAGCCAUUCUACCUGUACUUCCCAUUCCAGUCUGUCCAUGAGCCGAUCGAGGUUCCCGUAAGUUAUGAGAAUAUGUACAGCAACAUAAAGAAUGAAGGAAGAAGGAAAUACUCCGGUAUGGUGACGGCAAUGGACGACUUGGUAGGGAAUGUGACUGCCGCUCUGAAGGAAAAUGGCAUGUAUGACGAGACACUUUUCGUCUUCACCGCCGACAAUGGGGGAUGGCCACUCUUCCACGGUAACAACUACCCACUUCGAGGCGGGAAAAUCACUAUAUACGAGGGCGGGACCCGGGCGACAGCUUUUAUCAGCGGAAAAGGACUGGAAAAAACCGGAUAUACAUAUAACGGUAUGAUGCACGCUGUUGACUGGAUGCCAACCAUAUUGUCUGCCGCCGGUGGUACACCAGAAAAGGACAUUGAUGGACUUGACCAAUGGGAAAGUCUGAGGACCGGUGCCCCGUCCAAACGAACUGAGUUCAUAUACAACUUGGACGAUAUGAAUCCCCCUUUACAAGGACAUGCGGCUAUCAGAGUGGGAGAUUACAAACUGAUAGAAGGAUACCCCGGACUGUAUCCUGGAUGGUACAAACCGGAAACGGAAACAAUAAACCUCCAAACGAAGAAGAAUGACAUAAAUACCACCAACGACGAGCGAUAUGCCAAACAAGGAAACGUUCAAUGGCUUGGAAGGGAGCUUUACAAUUUAAAGGAUGACCCGUAUGAACAUCACGACUUGUCCCUGUCACACUGGGAUAUUGCGGAGGAGCUGAGCAAGAAAAUGGCUGAAUAUCACAAACAGAUGAUUCCCGCUAAUUCCCCAAAAGGCUCUGCAGCUUCCAACCCUCAAAAUUUCGAUGGAUAUUGGUCCCCUGGCUGGUGCUGAUGAAUAAACAUGUUACUUGGGCAUGAUAUAUCUGAGACUGUUAUUGUACACAUCUGAUUAUAAAGCAUAUGUAAAUGUCAAUAUCUAAAUAAAAAAACAAAUCUUAUACCUGAACAUAAGCCAACUUCCAGCAGUUGGGACAGACUAAAUUGACAAAACAUGUUCCAUCACCGCAAGCAUUGGCAUACACCGUGGCAAAACAUUGUUAGGCAUCUUUCAACAGACAUACACCGUGACAAAACGGGACUAAGUAUCUGAAACAACGAAACACACCAUGACCUAAAAAAAAUCGAAUUGUAUGACAAUUGUGCAAUUUAUUAGCUUGUUUGUUUUUAUGAUACCUUAUGAAUUAAAAAUUGAAAUUGUGGCUA